AUGGGCCGAAUAUGGCAAGUGAUCCGGAAUGAGCGUGGAUAUGCUGCGCUAGAAAUACCAGCUGCCACGCCGUUUUUGGAGACGGAGGACUGGAGGCAGCAGGCCAACGAACUCACCACUGCAGCACCCCCAACAUCUCCGCCCGUACCUGAAGUGAUUGCGAGACCGCCAACCCCGACCACACCGCCAACCCCAGCCACACCGCCAACCCCAGCCACACCGCCAACCCCAACCACACCGCCAACCCCGAUCACAGCAUCGCAACCCCGUUACAGUCUGAGAUCCGCCACUAACCCCGUUGUAAGGUCCACCCAACCAACGCAGAGGAGAACCCGACCAGCGCCCGUAGUGUUCAGGCCAGCGAAUAUCGAAACGCUGCGUCCUGAGCACGCCGUCGAGUUAGCAGCCACAACAACAACACCAUACGAAAUAAUUGAUAAUAAAAUAUGUAGCCCUCUGCACGUGGUGCGGGCACGACGUGCGCAUGCCCGCCGGCCUCUCCGCCGAUGCGAUCGAAAUAAGGAUGGACGACCAUCGUCGAGAGAGGUGCCUGCGCGCGCCUCCAGCCAUCAUCAAGGCGCGGCAGGUCGCNAUCACCAGCUCUGA